AUGUUUUUCGGCAAUGGCCACCCCCUUGAAUUAGGGCUUCAUAUGGGGAAUGGGCUGAAGUCUUCUUUUCUUGUGGAGUUGUUUGCGAUCAUUGUGGCUCUUUGCAGACUCUAUUGCUGGGCGGGAUAUCAAGACCAGCCGAUCAUCCUAAGAACGGAUUGCAAAAGUUGUGUGACAGCCAUUGCUAAAGGGACGAUAAGAAACAACUUGAAAUUUGUCCGGCACAUCCUUGACAAAUUCCCUGCAAAGGUGGUUCUGCAAUGGGUGGAGGCACAUUCGACAUCGAACAAACAUCCGGGAAACCAGAAGGCGGAUGAAUUGGCUGUGAAAGCUCGAAGGCGCGGGCAUCAAAGCCAAUCCCCCAAAAGAAGCCUGAACCUGGAGCUAAAGCGAUCUUUAAGGAAGAUGAACAUCAAUUCACCAAGAAAAAACAAGAGCAAAUGCCUGCAAAGCCCCGUGCUUGGGAAACUUUGCUCAAGGACUUUGCUGAUGAAUCUUGGUGCGCACGAAAGCUCAACGAGA